AUGAUGAAAGAUCUUCAGGCUUUGAAGAAAACCCAUACUUGGGAAUUAGUCGAUCUUCCUCCUCACAAGUCUCCUAUUGACUGUUGUACUCUAUUAGCUAUUUCUGCAGUUCAUAAAUGGAAGCUUCACCAGAUGGAUGUCAAAAAUGCUUUCCUCCAUGGUGAUUUGACAGGAGAGGUGUAUAUGCAUCCUCCCACUGGUUUUCAAUCUCCUCAUAAAGUAUGCAAGCUUCGUCAAGCCUUAUAUGGAUUAAAACAAGCUCCUCGAGCCUGGUUUGCCAAAUUUAGUUCUACUCUGGCUCAACUUGGCUUUAUCUCUAUCCCACAUGAUACAACAUUAUUCGUUCUUCGAACUGACCAUGGUAUUGUACUUCUACUACUUUAUGUUGAUGAUAUGAUAAUAAUAGGUAAUGACAUAUCUGGUAUCCCCGAAUUACAACAUUUUCUUAGUCAACUUUUUGAAAUGAAGGACCUUGACAAUCUCAGUUAUUUUUUGGGGAUUGAAGUUUCUCAUAAUUUUGAAGGUUAUUUAUCGCAAGCUAAUUAUGCAUCUGAUCUACUUUCUCGAGCGGGAAUUACAGAUAACAAAACUAUAUCAACCCUCUUGGAACUCAAUUGCAAACUUACUCCUCUCGAUGACAAUCCACUUGAUGAUCCUACUCUAUAUCGACAACUUGUGGAAAAUCUUGUUUAUCUCACUGUUACUCGACCUAAUAUCUCAUAUGCUGUUCACUUAGUCAGUCAGUUCAUGUCCACCCUUCUCUCAUCACAUUUUUUUGCAGUUCUUCGGAUACUUCAAUAUAUUAAAGGCAUUCUCUUUCAUGGUCUACAUUUUUCAGCUCACUCCUCUUUGGUGCUAUCCGGCUACUCUGAUGUUGUUUGGGCUGGUGAUCCCACAGAUCGUCGUUCCACUACUGGUUAUUGCUUCUUCUUAGGAGAUUCUUUUAUCUAUUGGCGUAGCAAAAAGCAAACAGUCGUUGCUCGUUCCAGCACAGAAUCUGAGUGUCGUGCUCUACCUGAUGCCACAUCUGAGUUACUUUGGUUGCGAUGGUUAUUAUCUUAUAUGGGUGUCCAACAAUCUUCUGCUACUAUGCUUCAUUGUGAUAAUAGAAGUGCUAUACAUAUCUCUCAUAAUGAUUUUUUUCAUGAGCGCACUAAACAUAUUGAAAUCGACCGUCACUUUAUUCGUCAUCAUAUUACUCAGGGCACCAUACUUUUAAUUUCUUCUCAUCUACUAACCAAACAACUGAUAUCUUCACCAAAACUCAUCUUUCCAUGCGAUUUCAAGAUCUAA